AUGGCUGGUUUCAAUCUACGGUUGGCCUACCAUAAGACAGAAGCGGUGAUGAUCAGUAACCGCAAGGUGAUCUUAGAGGCCAAAAUUAUCAUUGGAGGACAAGUGAUUGUCUUCAAACAUAGUAUGAAGUACCUGAGUGUUAUGGCUGAUAACAGGCUGACCUUUACCAGCCACGUGGAUUAUGCUUGUGGUAAAGCGUCAACAGCGGUUAUUGCGCUGUCCAAGAUUAUUUCGAACGGCUGUGGACCUAGCAGCAGUAAGAGACGCCUGAUGGCCAGCGUUGCUAUGUCGGUGCUGAGGUAUGGUGCACCGGCAUGGGCUCCGGCAUUGGAUAGUAAGCGCAAUCAGGCAUGUCUGAACAAGCUGUUCAGGAUGAUGGCAUUGCGCGUAGCGUACGGCUACCGUACCACAUCGUUGGAUGCGAUCUUAUAG